AUGCCCUACUACGCCAAAUCCGAGGACUGGCUUCAUCAGUCGAGCCUCCUGCUCCAAGCUCGCCCGUCAACCACACGAAUCACCACCCGAUACCACCUCAAACCUGCCCGCCGAGUGCCGAAGCUCAAAAACUCCGACCAGGAUGCCGCCGGUCAAAAAGCACAAUCACCAGAAACACAAGAAAAACCGCCGCGCGGUCAUCUUGUUCUCAAAACCUACGAUCCCCACAGCGGCGUGACCCUCAAAUACAAGACCUCCAAAGCCGCAGAGGUAACAAGGCUGAUCCAGAUGUUGGGAACCCUCGGCCGGCACAUGGCUGCAGUGCCGAUCACUGAGAAGGCGGAGGACGAGACGAUGGCGGAUGCUCCUGCGCCGACAGAGGGUGAGGGUACCGGGAGCGGUGUACAGACGCCUAUAGGUGCACAGGCACAGCAGCAACAACAGCAAGCGGGUGGGGGAGGUGGGAAAGGGAAGAAGAAGAAGGGAGGGAAGAGGUGA